AUGGCGACAUCACCCGUGGCCGUCGUCUGCGUCGGCAUGGCAGGCUCCGGAAAGACUACUUUCAUGCAGAGAAUCAACUCGCACCUUCACUCGAAGAAGCAGCCUCCCUACGUCCUGAACCUCGACCCCGCAGUCCACACCGUUCCCUUCGAAAGCAACAUCGAUAUCCGCGAUGCCAUCAACUACAAGGAAGUCAUGAAGCAGUAUAAUCUCGGACCGAAUGGAGGCAUCCUGACAUCGCUCAACCUGUACGCAACCAAGGUCGACCAGAUUAUUGCGUUGCUCGAAAAGCGCGCCGCUCCGAAUCCCGAGAACCCCGCCGCGAAGCCAAUCAACCACUUUCUGGUCGAUACCCCCGGACAAAUUGAGGUCUUCGUGUGGAGCGCUUCUGGAAGCAUUCUGCUCGAGACAUUGGCCUCGUCGUUCCCUACCGUGAUUGCCUACAUCAUUGAUACUCCCCGCACGAGCUCCACCAGCACCUUCAUGAGCAACAUGCUCUACGCCUGCAGUAUCCUUUACAAGACAAAGCUCCCGAUGAUCUUGGUCUUCAACAAGACGGAUGUUCAGGAUGCGGAGUUUGCCAAGGAAUGGAUGACCGACUUCGAUGCGUUCCAGCAGGCGCUGCGGGAAGAAGAGGAGUCAGGCCAGUUCGGAGGUGAAGGCGGAGCAGGCGGCAUGGGCGGAAGCGGAUACAUGGGAUCUCUGCUCAACAGCAUGAGCCUCAUGCUAGAGGAAUUCUACCGACAUCUCAACGUCGUGGGCGUGAGUGCGAUGACGGGCGAGGGCAUUGACGAGUUCUUCGAGGCCGUCGAGGAGAAGCGCAAGGAAUUCGAAAAGGACUAUAAACCGGAGCUUGAGCGCCUGAAGAAAGAGCGCGAGGAGGAGCAGGCGAACAAGAGAGAAGUCGAACUUGGAAAGCUGAUGAAGGAUAUGAACCUGUCCAGCUCAAAGGCUAAAGCUAAAGAGGAAGCCGAGACAGUCAGCGAAGCAGAGGAAGAGGAAGACGAAAGAGUUGCAGCAAUGGGAAGGGCCUACGACCCGGAUUCGGAUAGUGACGAGGAUUAUGCACCUCCGGCCGGCGACGAUGAGGGACUCAGCCAGCGAUACCAGAGCGCACUGGGUGAGAAGGGUGGACCAUCUAAUGAAGACGCGAGCUUCAUGCGAUAUCUACAGCAGAGCGAUAUCAACCGGUAG